GCCAGUUUGGUGUUUGCAAGUCGUGCAACAAUGGAGCAAUGCGUUGAAUGACGAAUCAUGUUCAAGAUGAUCAGGUUGUAUAGAGGAUAUGAUUCGCUUGCUGCUGUUGAUCAGAGUGCUCCUUGCGCAGGGCUUCUGUAACAUCUCCUCCAUGAACCUAUCUGACUGCCCAGAGUUACUGGAAGCUGGCGAGUCCUGCACGGUCUCCUGUCCGGGUUCUCAAGCUGACUACAACAUGUCUUGCGAGGAAGAUGUCCUUCGAGUACCUGCAUGCCUGUUUUUCAACGGCUCUGUGACCAUGACCAUCACCAGCACCAUCGCGAAUCUUACCACAACAAGCAGCACGUCAAUUAGAACCUCCACAACAACUGUAACUAACAUCACAAGCACCACAAGCACAAAUUACACCAGCACAACGAGUCAAACACGCGAAAGCGGUACAUCAAGCUCGAGUACGAGCAUCACAACGAGUGGCUUCACAGGCAUAGAAUCUGGUGGCAUCAGCACUGUCAGCACCAGCAGUUCAAGCACGACCAGCACAACCACAACUAGCACCACUAGCAGUGGAAGCAGCAGUACCACCAGAAAGAGUACGAGCACAACAAGUGGAAGCAACACCAGCACAGAGCGUAGCUUCGAGGUUACCCUCACAACAGCAACCGGCUUGCCAGCCACUAGUACAGCGAGCACCAGCAGCAUCACUAGCACUACCAGCACUACCAGCAGCACUACCAGCAGCAUCAAUGGGACCACCAGCAGUACAACUACUACCGGACUAGCAAGCAUCAUGUCCAGCAGAAGCUGCGUCGUGGCCUCCAUGUCUUCGACCUGUCCCAGGUCUAUGCUACACAUGGAGCGAUGCACAAUGGUUUGUCCAAAACCGUCCGUGUCGUUGGGCGUUUUCAUUUGCCUCUUUGGGCACCUCUUCGGCAGCUCGGGCUGCGCUGCCGACCUCUCCACACAGUGGAGGGGACAGCUGCUGGCUGCUGCACUUCGCUUCGGCUUGAGCGGUUUGGAGGAGCCUUCAGUCGAUCAGCUUGAAGAUCGACUCAGGCGCUCACUUGCAGUUUGUAUUGGUGUCUCUGCCAGCAGCAUCGUGCGCCUGCGGAUUGUUGACCUGAUGACAGGCACAAGUGGCUUCGGAGAGGUCAGAGAAUUUGAUUUGGAAGUUGAGCUGGAGGUUUCCCUGAGCGAUGAUGUGAAUGAGACAGAGGUUUUAGCUGCGAUUAUGGACCUGGAAGAUAUGUCCAGCCCCCUUGCGUUGCUUCUUCGCAACAUUCUCCAGGGAUACUUCCAGAUUCGAGUGCGGUGGGUGGAGGUAUCAAUGGAGCCUGUGGUCUAUUCUGGAAGCUUGGUGAACCUGACUGGUCCUGGUCUAUUAGCCGGAGAUUCAGAUGUAUCACUUGGAGACUCAGAUCCUGAUGGUCACACCACAGUGGCCUCUGGGGUCGUCCUUUCCAUGGCCUUGCUGCCAAUUGGUGCGGCCUGGAUCCGCCUGGUGAUGGCAGAACAGGCAGCUGGUGAACACGAAGGACAUUUGAGCUGUGAAGAGAUUCAAAGAAGCUCUCGGCCAAAGCGGAGGUUGAAGAGCCGGGCUGCAAUAACCCAAAGUCAGGCUGCAGACUCCGGCUGAAAGGGUUUGCCAGGAUGUCAAGAUACAGCAGGACAGUGGCACAGCCUGC